GUUGGUACAAGCCUGUAGUCUCAGGUACUCAGGGAGGUGAGGCAGGAGAAUCACCUGAUCCCAAGAGGUUGAGGCUGCCGUGAGCCAUGAUGGCACCACUGCAUUCCAGCCUUGGUAUCAGAGUGAUAACCCUGUCUCUCUCUCUCUCUCUCUUUCUCUCUCUCUCUCUCUCUCACACACACACACACACACACACACACACAAUCAUUGUACACUUAAAAUGGGUAGAUUUUAGUUUGUAAAUUACACCUUUAUAAAGCUGUUAAUUUUUAAAUUAUUUUUAAUUUUUUUUUUUUCUUUUUUUGAGACAGAGUUUUGCUGUUUUUACCUAGGCUGGAGUGCAAUGACGCAAUCUCAGCUCACCACAACCUCCACCUCUCAGGUUCAAGUGAUUCUCCUGCCUCAGCCUCCCAAGUAGCUGGGAUUCCAGGCUCCCGCUAUGGUGCCUGGCUAAUUUUUUGUAUUUUUAGUACAGAUGGGGUUUCAUUAUGUUGUUUAGGCUGGUCUGAAAGUCGUGAUUUCAUGUGAUCCACCCAUCUCGGCCUCCCAAAGUGCUAGGAUUACAGACACGAGCCAGGCAGUUUUUUUAAGUUCUAAAAUUAUACUAUUUGCCCCUAGCACCAAGAUUGUAGUCUCAAAAUACCGUUGCCCAAUGAAAGGAAACAAGGCUUCCUGGACAAAGUGCUGAUUUCAGGUCUAGGCCAGAAAUGUGUAAGGAGCCUGGAACAUACUAUCACUCUGGAUAGCAAAGAAUCUAUCAAAGAUUAUUAGGAUGAUUUCAACAUGUCCGAAGGGCCAAUCUGAAGGGCCUCCUUCUAACCAAAGAUAGGACAUUUUGUACAUUAGUAAGGAUAAUAGUUGCAGUGAAUUGAGAUAUAUCAGAUAUGUUUGAAUAUCUGCAUUCAUAAUGAUCCUUUUGAAAAAAUAAAAGUGGGCUGGCACAGCUCCUCGUGCCUGUAAUUUCAACACUCUGGGAGGCUGAGUUAGGAGGAUCACUUCAUCCAGGAGUUCAAGACCAGCCUGUGCAACACAGGGACUUUGUCUCAACAGAAGAUUUUUUAAAUUACUCAGGUUUGAGGGCUCAUGUCUUUGGUCUCAGCUACUCAGGAAGCUGAGAUGGGAGGGUCACCUGAGCCUAGAAGUUUGAGGCUAUAGUGGCAUGACUGCUUCUCUGCAUACCAACCUGGGCAACAGAGCUAGACCCUCCCUGUCUAAAAAAAUUAAUUAAUAGAAGUGGUCACCAUUGAAGGAUAUAAAUGAAACAGCCCAUGAUUUUGAAAAAUGGUAAACAAGAAAUCAAGCCAUGAACUGGUGUUUUCUAUAUAAGUUGUACAAGUGAGUAACAGUUCAUAAGAAGCAGCAUCUCUUUUUUAUAUUUACUUCAGUUUUUUCUUAAUGCAAGGCUCUGCUUGGGGUAGCAGUGUCUCUUUCUUCAUGCACGGCCCUUCUUAGGGUAGCAGUAUCUCUUCGACGGGUGGCAGCUCAUAAACGAAGAAGGAAUGAUACAACAAUGCCUUCAUUGUUCAAUCCUUAAGUGAUCAAUGGCCAUUAACACCACCAAUUAAAAAAAAAAAAGAUAUCCAGAGAGCACACACCUCCUCCCAGAAGAAACUAGCACAGCCUUUUUGUCCUGAAUCAAGUCCAGCCUGAAUCUCACCAAGUCUUGAGAUUAAACUACUAAUUUAUCAAAACUAGAACAAAGUGAAGAGCAAGUUAACCAACAUCACAAGAUACAAUUAGCAAAAUUCACAGUAUGAGAAACAGCAUAAUGAGAAUACAUUUAGCAUAAUUCAAAGUGUGGGGAAAUGGCCUGAUUUAUUCAAUAAAUGGAUUGCAAGGGACAGCACAGAGAUGAAAGUGGGAAGCUGUCAGGAUCAAAAAAACCCGAAGAGGCGAAUCACACAAUCCCAAAGGGAGACUUUAUUUGGAUCCUGAUUCAAACAAUAAAUACAUGAAAUGACUGAAAAUUUGGAGCUAGAAGGAGAGUUGACAGUGAUAAAGAGCAAUGGUGUGAGAUGGUUGGUUGAUGAUGGUAUUGGGAUUAUAUUUUUUAAUGACUUCUUGUCUCCAGGCACGGCGGUUCACACCUAUAAUCUCAGUAGUGUGGGAGGUCAAGGCGGGAAGAUCCUUUGAAUCCAGGAAUUGUAGACCAGCCCAGGCAACAUAGCAAGACCCUGUCUCUACUAAAAUGCAAAUAAAAAGAUGAGCAGGGCAUGGUGUGAGUCUGUAGUUGCAGCUACUCAGGAAGUUGAGGCAGGAGAGGCCACAGUGAACCAAGAUCAUGCCACUGAACUCCAGCCUGGGUGACAGAGACCUCAUGUUGAAAGAACAAACAAGAAUCGUAUCUUUUACAGACAUCCACCAAGACGGUCAGGGAGGAAAUUCUGUGAUGUGUGGGAUUUGCUAUAAAAUCAACAAAUAUCUGAAUCUGAUGCUGAGUAGGUGGAAGCUCACUACACUAGCCUCUUGUUCCAAAAAGCUCUAGAAUAGAAAGUUUGUCUAAAAAUCCACUUCAGGGAUUUGUAACAAGCAUUGAAUAAGAUCAUGUAUACAGAGUGUUUUCUCACCACGGCUUGCAGGUAGUCAGCACACAAACAUGGUUCUUAGUUUUGUAUAGUCCCCGUUUAUGAAUCACACCCAAAAAAGGUAUGUUUUUCACACCAAGAGCUCUGGCCCAUGGACCUUUGUCCACUUGGUGGUAAUUCAUUGGACUCUGAGGUUUAGAAUGAGGAAAUACCAGCCUUCAAAGCCCCAGGCCUGCUAUGAAAUAGCAAAGCCAAUGGUCCCAGAUGACUUCGUAGCACACCUAGUAAGUAGGACCCUUUUCUCUCACCUUGUAGGCACACUUGAGUCCAUGCACUCAUUUUUCAUUCAUUUCUUAUAUGCCGUGUAUUGGGUACUAGGGAUCCAUAAUACAGUGGACCCACAAUUGACUGGAAGCAUCGCUUUCAAAGCAUCAUUUCAGGAUGAGUAUUUCGUGUCAAGUGGAUUCAAGGAACAGUGCGAAGGAUCCAUGGCCUCAAUCACCAUGAAGAGCCUCCCAAGAGCCAACCGUCCUGGGCACAUAUCACACAUGGGGAAUUGUCUACGUCCCAGCGCUGGCCCGAGUUGUGCCUGCUGCGGGUCUUGUGGCCAGUCUGUGACAUCCACCACUGCAGAGCCUGCCGUGUUAAAUCCCGGAGUGGUGGAGGUCCAGGACACGCAGCCCAUAAAAUCAAAAAGGCGCAAAGGUUUGGCUGGCCGCGCCAGGAGCUGGGCAGCAAAAAGGAGGCGUAAAAAAAUUUGCCGCAAAGAAAAUGAAGCUCCCGUUCAAGACCCGGAGGAGGGUAUGACCGAGGGGCCUCUGGACGAGACGUCACCUCACGUGGUGGCCGACAUGAAGAAGAGAAUUGACAGUGUGGGGUGCCUGGAAACCACAGAGGAGGUGAAGGGGCAGGUCCGAGAGGACCUGGAGGGCCUGAGCCAGCGGUACGAGGAGAUGGAGAAUACCAAGACAUGGCUGCAGCAGGAGCUGGACAACCAGUGCCAGAGGGUGUGCAACCUGGAGGAGAAGCAGAAGAGGUUUGACCAGCUCCUGGCAGAGGAGAAGACCAUCUCUGCCAAGUAUGCAGAGGAGCGUGACUGGGCCAAGGCCGAGGCCCGAGAGAAGGAGACCAAGGUGCUGUCGCUGGCCCGGGCCCUGGAGGAAGUAAUGGAGCAGAAGGUGGAGCUGGAGCGGCUCAACAAGCAGUUCCGCAUGGAGAUAGAGGACAUCAGGAUCUCCAAGGGCCAGAGCGUCUAUAAGCUGAAGUCCAGGCCGGCUCUGAAGCAGCAGGUGGAGGAGAUGGAGACCCAGAUGGAGGAGCUGGAGGAUAAGCUGCGGGACACUGAAGACGCCAAUCUGCAGCUGGAGGUCAACCUGCAGGCCAUGAAGGCCCAGUUUGAGCAGAACCUGCAGGACCGGGACAAGCAGAUUGAGGAGAAGCAGCAGCAGCUGGUCAGACAGGUGAGGGAGAUGGAGGCAGCGCUGGAGGACAAGAGGAAGUGGCACUCCAUGGCAGUGGCCACCCGGAAGAAGCUGAAGAUAGACCUGGAGGCGCACAUCGACUUGGUUAACAAGAAGGGGGAUGAAGCCGUCGAGCAGAUGCGGAAGUGUCAGGAACUGGCAGCCGCGGAGCGUGCCAAGCACCAGGCCCAGCAGGAGCGGGACGACUUGCUCGUGGACCUGGACCACCAGCGCCAGAUGGCGUCCCACCUGGAGAAGCUGCAGCAGAAGUUUGACCAGGUCCAUGGGCUGAAGUCCAGGCGGCUUCUGGAGCAGCAGGUGGAGGAGUUGAAGACCCAGCUGGAGGAGCUGGAGGAUGAGCUGCAGGACACUGAAAACGCCAAUCUGCGGCUGGAGGUCAACCUGCAGGCCAUGAAGAUCCAGUUCGAGCGGGACCUGCAGGACCGGGAUGAGCAGAGUGAGGAGAAGCAGCAGCAGCUGGUCAGACAGGUGCGGGAGAUGGAGGCAGAGCUGGAGGACGAGAGGAAGCGGCACUCCAUGGCAGUGGCCGCCCGGAAGAAGCUGGAGAUGGACCUGGAGGCUCACAUCGACUCAGCCAACAAGAACCAAGAUGAAGCCAUCGAGCAGCUGCAGAAGUGGCGGGAACUGGCAGCCGUGGAGCGUGCCAAGCGCCAGGCCCAGCAGGAGCGGGACGAGCUGGCCGACGAGAUCGCCAACACCCACGGCAAAGGCCAGGGCCCAGCCCUCCCCUAGGUCACCAGCCCUCCUCCUGCAGAUCAACCAGAUCAACACUGACCUGAACCUGGAGCGCAGCCACGCCCAGAAGAUCGAGAACGCUCGGCAGGAGCUGGAGC